AAGAAAAUGGAUGGUUUAUCUGACCAUUGUUAAGAUAUGUGAUGUUAUUUAUUCUGUACAUUUAUGUUGCAUAGAGUCAUGAUUGGUAAAUUGACUAUUUUUCACAAUGUGGUAUUUUUAAUAUGUGAAACAUACGUCUAUAAGGUUCGCGGAUGAGUUUUUCGAAUAAUAUGACAUUGUAUAUAAAGUAUAUUAUUGGAGUUGAUAGCUGUCAAAAAGACAGCACUUUGUUGAACAUGGGCAAUUCGUAAGAAGCAAAGUAUUUUGACGAAAAGGAAGUAUGUGUUUUAAAUAAACAAUCUCAUGGAAGAUGUAAAGAAUAUUUUAGGAGCAGCUGGGGCUGCUUGUGAAAUUAAACGGGAGAAAAUGGACAAAAUACAACAGUUGGUCGAUAAUACAUUAAGUGAUCAGUCGCGGCAAAAUAUCCUUAAUAUUUUGGAACAGAUAUCACAUUUAUCUGGUCCAGAGCGAUUACUAUUGUACCUGAAACUUCCCGGUGGUCAGCCAUCAACACAGGAUCCUUUAAGACAUCCUCCGAAUCCCCUUGGGACAAGGCAUGAAAUAAGCACUACUGCCGCAUGGGUUCGAACACAUUUAGAACAUGAUCCUGAGGUCUCUGUGCCAAAACAAGAUGUUUAUGAUGAAUAUCUAGCCUACUGUACAACAGCUAAUUUAAAACCACUUUCUACGGCUGAUUUUGGCAAAGUCAUGAAACAAGUAUUUCCAAAUCUGAGACCUAGAAGACUUGGAACACGUGGCCAUUCUAGAUAUUGUUAUGCAGCCAUGAGAAAAGCUCGAAGUUUAGCUCCUCCAAUGCUUCCUGACUUAAGUGCUGAGCCUGAUGACUCAACUUCAAAUCAAAAUGAUGUGUGGUCGAUUAUUCAACCAUGGGCUGAAAAGACUUUGCAUCAGAGUUUUUCAAAUAUAGAGGGCUUUGCAGAUUUUAUCAAUAAAUUGGUUGCACAGCGCAAAGAUGCACCAUCUGAUUCCACUCAAUCUAAACUAAAUAAUCGGGACCACAGAGAAGGAAAAAAACGCAUGCUACCUCCAUUGAAGUCACCUAGAGCUAAGAAAAACAAAAUGCAGAAUUCUAAUUCUCAGACUUUUGUGAAUAGAAAUAACAAUGUGUCCACUUGUAUUGCUCCUGAUAUGAUAAAAGAUCUCAAUCAGCAAAUGGUAAAGUCUGAACUUGCAAAUGAAAAUGUAGAGUUAAUAAAGGAUUCUAAUCUUGCACCCCUUGAGCAUGAUAAAUCAUAUAACACUUGUUAUAGUACAAAAAUAAAUCCAAUGGGAUUUAAUGAACUGGACCCAGUGGCAGGAGUCAGCGGACUACCUGUAGAAUGCAGUGAUAUAGCAUUAAAUUUAGCUGAUAAGCCUUUAAAAGAUCGAAUUAAUAUAAUGAAAACAUGUACAAAUCUAGUUGACGAUAAAUCUAACUAUAUUAUGCCAAUGAACUUGUCUAAUAAUAACCUGACUGGUACAAAUAUUAACUGUGAUACCAUCAAUAUCAAAGAUGAAACUCAAGAUAAUCUUCUUGAAUUAAAUGGUUUAAAUAAAAGGAAGAAUAUUAAAAAAUGUAAUAACACUAAAAAGAGACGGAAUACUUUAUCUAGAAGGUUUAGCAGUGGAGAUCUCAUUGGACAAAAUAAUUUUGCAUCUGGUGGCACAAUGAAUAAUAUGUCACUGAAAGAUUCUUUAGGAAAUUUAGGUACAAGUGAAAGCACUCCUAAUCUGUUAUUUAAUUCUCAAUCAAAUAUUAUGCCUCAAAAAUAUAAUGACAUGCCAACUAAAACUUCUACUUGUGUAAUCAAUACAUUUGAUUUUCAUACCACUGACAUACAAAAUAAUAGAUUGGGAUUAAAUGAAGCUGAUUCUGUUUAUUCUAAUAUCAUUGCUCCGGGUGAGCAGGUUUUGAAUCAAAUAACAAAUGAAGUGAAAGAAGAACUUCCUGCUAUUGUACCCACCAAUGGUUCUCAAAUCAUUCCUGAAAUAAUUACCGAGUCUGUUAUAGAUUGUGUUGAUAACAAUGAUGUUAAAAUUAAAAUAGAACAGGAUGAAGCAACAAGUCAAAAUACAUUGGAUAUCUUACCAACUGAAAUUCCUAGAGAACGUGUUAUUAGUAUAUGUAGUUUGGAUAAAGAUGCCCUAGAUGGUUACUUACAUGGUGGUGAUAAUAGUCAAGAACAAGAAGAGGAGUUAUUGCAAUAUUUUCAACAAGAUUCAUCUUCUGCAUCUAAAUUAGAGCAGCCACCUAAUAAUAAAAGUGAUGAUAAGUUAAACUUAGAUGCUUUAAAUGACCGGUUAAGCCAAGAUUCUGUUAAAUCAAAUGUUGGUGUACAACUAAACAAUACUUCAGGUAAAACAUUAUCUGCUCAAGACCGACUUUCUCAAUUACGUUUCCUUCUUGAAAAAAAUAUGCAAGGAUCAAAACCUGAAAAUAACGAUAAACCUCCUACAUAUAUUAAGAAAUAUACUCAAGCAGUACAGGAUAAUCUAAAUUUUAAUCACAUCUCUGCAUCUGAAAGUUUAGCUAUAUUAUCACAAAGAAGAAAUAAUUUAUUAAAACCUUUACCUAAUACUAAAAUGAAUAAUGGCUUGAGUGCAAGAAGACAUGUAAGCUUUGAUAGUAAUCCGGUGUGUGCCAUGAAAGAAGAAGUUCCACAAAGCCCAACAACUAGAAGAAAAAACUGCAGUUUUAUGCCAAUUCCAUCGUCACCGUUAUCUCCUCAUACUAAAACAGGAUUUGGUAAUACAAGUCCUAAGUCAGCGAGUUCUAAUGCAAGCCCUUUUGUCAGUCCAAGAAAUACGCCAGCUUUAAGGCAGAGAUCUAUGUUUGACAAGUUGAUGAAAUCUAACAAAAAUUUACAAACUGAUGCUGCUGCUUCUAUGUUAUCUGUGAAUAAUAUGAACAUUCGAUCUCAAUCUGUUCCUCUUCACAUGAAAAGUAUGGUUUCACCUGGUCAGAGUCCAUUAUUCUUCAACACACAGUAUCCGCAAAACAUCAUUCCUCAGCAAAUGAUGAGUUACAAUCCAUCAGCCAGCAGUUCAGUAGGUGCUACACCUGUUCCACCUGAAUAUAAUGAUUUUGAUACUAAUUACAUAGAUAUGAUAAAUUCAACUACAGAUAUAAUGUGUGCUAAUACUUUGAAUAAUAAUUUCCAAGACGAUCUUAGCGUUCCUAUUGUUGAGUCUGAUCAGUCUGAAAAUGUUUAUGCUGCAAUGGAAAUGAAUCAAAUUUUGCCUCAAACAGACUUUGCUGAUAUAAGAUCUUUGAAAAGAUCUAUGAGCAUAGAAAAUAAUUUUCCAAUUAUGGACGGCGAUGAUUCUAAGGGUAUAGCGUCCAGAUCGGUACCUAGCACGCCGAUAUCAUACAACAAAAUAUCUUUAGAUUUUCAGUUACCACAACAAUUUAAAGAAUUCGAUUCAAUGAUCUCAAAAUCUGUUCCAUCGACGCCUUUGCGUGAUAGAAGCUUUCAAUAUAGCCCAACUUAUCGAAGCCGAGAUUUCUUAAUCAAUGGUAACUCGGUCGAGGCUUAUAAGAAUUCUAUGACACCAAUAGACAAUGGUGUCAUAGAUGAUUUAUCGGAAUUGGAGCACCAGAAAGCAUUGCAAUUAACAAGUAUAGAGCAAGAGUUAACGGAUUUCGGUGCUACGGAUGCUAUCAUGUCGGGUGAUAUAAUGAGUGAAUUGGGAGGAGAAUUAUAGGACUGGGUGAGUGAUUUAGAACGAAAAACAUUUUUUUAAUAAAUUAAGU